CUACCCCGAGGUGAACAUCCAGAACUUCACCACCAGUUGGAGGGAUGGCUUGGCCUUCAACGCCCUCAUCCACAAGCACAGGCCCGACCUCAUCGACUUCCACAAGUUGACCAAGUCCAACGCGACCUACAACCUCCAACAAGCCUUCAACACGGCCGAGCAGCACUUGGGGCUCAGCAAACUGCUGGACCCCGAGGAUGUCAACAUGGAGGACCCUGAUGAGAAGUCCAUCAUCACCUACGUGGUGUCCUUCUACCACUACUUCUCCAAGAUGAAGGCUCUGGCCGUGGAGGGGAAGCGCAUCGGGAAGGUUCUAGAUCAAGCCAUGGAGAUCGAGGCCAUCAUCGAGCGGUACGAGGCGCUGGCGGCCGAGCUGCUGGCCUGGAUCCACCACACCAUCACCAUCAUCAGCAACCAGAAGUUCGCCAACUCCCUCACGGGGGUCCAGCAGCAGCUCCAGGCCUUCACCGCCUUCUGCACCUUGGAGAAACCCGUCAAGUUCCAGGAGAAGGGGAACCUGGAGGUCCUGCUCUUCACCAUCCAGAGCAAACUCCGGGCCAACAACCGCAAACUCUACGUCCCCAGCGAGGGCAAGAGCAUCUCCGACAUCAAUAAGGCUUGGACCUGCUUGGAGAAGGCAGAGCACGAGCGGGAGGUGUCGUUGCGCAACGAGUUGAUCCGGCAGGAGAAGUUGGAGCUUCUGGCCCAACGUUUCGACCACAAGGCCGUCAUGAGGGAGACGUGGUUGAACGAGAACCAACGGCUGGUCUCACAGGACAACUUCGGCUACGACCUCCCGGCGGUGGAGGCCGCCAUGAAGAAGCACGAGGCCAUCGAGGCCGACAUCUCCUCCUACCAAGAGCGCAUCCAGGUGGUGGUGGAGCUGGCCCUGGAGAUGGAGUCCGAGGGCUACUAUGACACCAAACGCAUCAGCGCCCAGAAGGACAACAUCUUGAGACAGUGGGGACUCUUGACCGAGCUGGUCUGCGCCCGCCGGGCCCGUCUGGAGCAGAACCUGGCCCUGCAGAAGAUCUUCCAGGAGAUGGUCUACAUGAUUGACUGGAUGGAGGAGAUGCAGGUGCUGCUGGUCUCCAAGGACUUGGGGAAGCAUCUUCUGGAGGUGGAGGACCUUCUGCAGAAACAUGGGCUGCUGGAGGCCGACAUCUCGGCCCAGACCGAGCGGGUGCAGGCCCUCAACGCCGCCGCCCUCAAGUUCUCCGAGCUGGAAGGCUACCAACCCUGUGACCCCCAGAUCAUCUGCAACCGGGUCAACCACGUCCAAACCUGCCUGGAGGAACUGGGAGAACUGGCGGGCAAGAGACGCAAGGAACUGGAGGACUCUCGCCAACUCUGGGCCUUCUUCCAGGAGAUGGAGGAGGCCGAGGCGUGGAUCCGUGAGAAGGAGCAGAUCUUGGCCUCCAAAACCUGCGGCCGGGACCUGAGCAGCGUCUUGACCUUGACCAACAAGCACAAGAGCAUGUUGGGUGAACUGGGGAGCCGUCGGGCCCUCUUGCACCAGAGCAUGAAGAAAGGCGAGCAGAUCUUGGCCAAGAAACGUUUCAGCCCCGGUGGGAUCCAGGAGAAGAUGCGGGAGGUCCGCCUCCGUUGGAAGAAGCUGGAGGAGGUGACGGGGUUACACCAACAACGUCUGCAGGAGGCCCUCAACUUCUUCCAGUUCAGCGCCGAGACGGACGAUUUGGUGGCCUGGUUGCAGGACACCUACCGCAUCGUCUCCAGCGAUGACUUUGGCCACGAUGACUAUUCCACCCAAGCUCUUCUGAGGAAGCACCGGGCGGUGGUGGAAGAGGUGGAGAAGCACCGGGCGGCCGUCUUGGCUCUUCGCAAACAGUUGGCUCUUCUCGCCCCCGAACACCGACAAGGGGUGGACGUUCAGAUCCGGGUGGUGGAGGUGGAGCAGCUCUACGGGGAGGUGGCCGAGGUGGCUGUCCUGAGACAACAGUGGCUUCAGGACGCCUUGGCCGUCUACAGGAUGUUCAGCGAGGUCCACGCCUGCGAGGUGUGGGUGGACGAGAAGGAGCAGUGGUUGGAGAGGAUGGAGGUGCCGGAGGAGCUGGAUGAGGUUGAGGUGGUCCAACACAGGUUUGAGAGCCUGGACCAGGAGAUGAACAGCGUCAUGGGACGCAUCUUGGAUGUCAACCAGGUGGUGCAGCAGUUGGUGGACGGGGGGCACCCCAGCUCGGAGGAGGUCCGCUCCUGCCAGGACCACCUCAACAGCAGGUGGAACCGGGUGGUGGAACUGGUGGAGAGCAAGAAGAGCCAACUCAGCUCCGUCCUGAAGAUCCAAAACUACCUGCUGGAGUGCAGCGAGAUGAAGGCCCAGGUGAGGGAGAAGAGAAAAGCCAUCGAAGCCACCCAAUCGGGCGGCGGGGACUUGGGCGGCGUCUUGGCCUUGCAACGGCGUCUCUCCACCAUGGAGGCGGCUUUGGUGGUCUUGGAACCUCGGUUGAUGGAACUUCAACAAGAAGGAGAAGCUUUGGCCACCGCCCACCCCGGGAGGGCCUUGGAGAUCUUGUUGCCCUUCGAGCAGAUCAGCGAAGAGUGGGAGGCCCUCAAACGGGCCCUCCAAGGUUGCGAGGACUCCUUGACCAUCGCUGGUCGCUUGCAACAGUUCAUCCAAGACUUGGACAACUUCCUCGGUUGGUUGGUGAAGACCCAAGCGGCCGUGGCUUCCGAGGAGGUCCCCGACAGCUUGAGCCAAGCCGAGAAGUUGCUCAACCACCACGCGGCCCUCAAGGAGGAGAUCAACGGCUACGAGGAGGACUACGCCAAGAUCCAAGCGGCCAGCGACCUCCUGGCUUUGGAGGAGAUGGAGGUCCCCUCCCUGUCCUUGCAGCAGUGGCUCCAGAAGUUGGACGCGGGUUGGGGCAAGUUGUUGCAGAGUUGGGAGAGGAGACGGGAGGUCCUGGUGCAGUCCCACGUCUUCCACCUCUUCCUCCGCGACGUCCAACAAUGCGAGAGCAGCCUCUACAACCAGGAGUCCACCCUGGUCCACGCCGAGCUCCCCGACACGGUGGAAGGGGUCACCAACGCCAUCAAGAAGCACAAGGACUUCACCACCACCUUGGAGCUCAACCUCCAGAAGAUCCAGUUGGCCCUUCAAGCCGGAGAGAGCCUCCAACGACAAGGCAACCUCUACAGCGACCGGGUGGCCGAGGCCAUGGAGGGUCUUCGCACCAAGAGCCACCGCAACUACCAGUUGGCCCAAGAGUGGAUGCAACGUCUCCAGGACCACCUCGAGCUCCAGAAGUUCCUCCAGAAUUGCCGAGAGGUAGGAGAUGGAGACCCCCCCACCCCCCACCUUGACGUGGCCAAACUGGGAGUUGAAGGUGAAGAACUUCUCCAGGCCAAACCUGAAUUAAGCGGCGCCGUUCGGCGCCAACUGGAAGAGCUUCGACAAUGUUGGGUGGAGUUGGAGACCACCAGCCAAGCCCGGAGCCGGCGAUUGGCCGAAGCCGCCGCCGCCGAACGCUUGGCGAGGAGCUACGCGGACAUGGAGGCCCGGUUGGGGAGGUUGGAGGAGCAGCUGGAGACGGUGGGGGCAGGACCCGAC